AUGUUUCAUUCUAGAUGGCAGAAAAUUAGUGAUCCAAGAAGUAUAAAGCAAAAGCAAAUACUCAACCAAGUCUAUGUAGAUCAUUCGACUAAGGAGGUUGAUAAGGUUGUGAAUUUUUUACUACGAGAGUGGAUACAAAACCAGGUAGUAUUGCAUUGUCUCUGCUCGAUACCCUACAAAGUGCUGCUGGUGAUUUUGCCUGGGACUUGGAAUUUAUUAGAGAAGGGUCCAGAAAAUCGACUCGGGCAAAGUAUAAAGUACCCGAGUUCUCUAUCUGGAAUCGGCUCAUCUCUGGUUUCAAAUUCAAAUCUGGAUAUGGAAACAGAGGAACCGAUUCUAAAUUAA